AUGUCGACUGAAAUCAGUCCGAUUCAAAAAAAGAGUCCGCUGCUCCAAGCUCUUCUAAAAAAGCCCGUGUUCACGGAGCUCACGGUCCGUUCCCCUGAUCCUCCAGUGGAGACCGUUUCCCCCAAUUCUUCACCCUACACCUACCACUACACCUUCUACCAAUCACCGCCGACGCACUGUUUGACACAACCUAAUGGAAAAGAUGAGGAUCCGGACAGGUACAUUCCGGUAAUCGAUCAGUUUCUGAAGGAGGUCCGGCAGGAAGACAAGCAGAAAACUGUGAAGAUUCAACCGUAAGGGAUCCAAAAGUGCGUGGCCGUUCGUUUUCAAAUAUCAUCUUCUUGCAGACCCGCUGCUCCAUUGGCGUACAACUACACUCCCAGCUACCAUAACCUCCAGCCGAUGGCCACGUUCCACAGUAAUCCCUACAAAAUGUGUCACCCACCGCAUCGUCCUCACAUUUCCGUUCCGUACACUUUCAAUGACUACCGUAUUCCUCCACCGAACGCCCACCGAUUCCAUCAAAUGUAUUAUGCCCCGCCAGCCUACAACAAUACUUUCGACUAUCCGGCUCUACAGUAA